AUGGAGAUGAUGUCAGGCAGGAAUGGCUUAUUCAUCAUUCUGCUUCUCUUUGUAUCUGCUGCUGUACAAACCUACGGAGAAACAAAGACCUGUCUCAGCAGAAGGAGCCCAUGCUUUCUCAAAAAGAUGGAGUGCCCAGCUGAAUGCCCAACAACAACAUCACCAAAAGACCCCAAAGCUAAAGUUUGCUAUAUCAACUGUGAUUCACCCAUAUGCAAAGCACAGUGCAAGAGACGCAAACCAAACUGCAAUGCCCCCGGAGCAGGAUGCUAUGAUCCCCGCUUCAUUGGUGGAGACGGCAUCGUUUUCUACUUCCACGGCAAGAGCAACGAGCAUUUCACCUUAGUUUCCGAUCUCAACCUCCAAAUCAACGCCCGCUUCAUUGGCCUCCGCCCAGCCGGCCGAACCAGAGACUAUACAUGGAUUCAAGCCCUCGGCGUUCUCUUUGACUCCAACACUUUCUCACUCGAGGCCGCCACGUCGGCGACAUGGGACGACGAAGUUGACUAUUUGAAAUUCUCUUACAAUGGGAAUGAGAUAACCAUACCACAAGGCCAUCUCUCCGUAUGGAGAAGCCCUGAAAACGAUGUCAGAGUGGAGAGAACAUCGGACAAGAACAGUGUCAUCGUCAUUCUCCCGGAGGUGGCAGAGAUAUCAGUCAAUGUUGUGCCGGUGACAAAGGAAGACGACAGAAUCCACAACUACAAGAUUCCUUCAGAUGAUUGUUUUACUCACUUGGAGGUUCAGUUCAGAUUCUACGGCCUAUCCUCCAAAGUUGAAGGAGUGCUUGGGAGGUCUUACCAGCCGGAUUUCCAGAAUCCGGCAAAGCCAGGGGUGGCAAUGCCGGUCGUCGGAGGUGAGGAUAGGUACAGAACCACAUCACUUCUCUCAUCGGAUUGCAGAUCUUGUGUUUUCUCUCCGGCCGGAAUUUCGAACCAAAAGGACUCAUUGGUGAUGGAAUAUAGCAUGCUAGAUUGCACCGGUGGAGCCACAAGUGGAAAUGGAAUAGUUUGCAGGAAGUAA